AUGGUUCCUACAAUUGAAGAGUACACCUCGUUACUGCAUUUGAUGACACAGCGAUCACCCUCCUGUACUUAUGUGCCUGAUUCUAGGAUUUCCUUAGCAGGGGAGUUGUAUAACCUUGCUAGGGUCAAGAUUCAACGAACGGUAGGGGAAAGCAAAAGGAUCACUUGGAAAUGCUUGAACGAGUUGUUGGAAGAAGAGAAAGGUGAAGAGGUUCAGAUACAUUUGUUCGCAUUGGCCAUAUAUGGCCUAAUUGUAUUUCCCAAAGAACUAGGGACCAUUGAUAGAUCCACUAUUUCUUUUGUGGCGCAAGUAAAGAAUGGGGCUAAUCCGAUUUUCGAGAUUUUGGCAGAAACCUUUCGAUCUCUUAACAAGUGCAGAAGCAAGGGUCAGGAACGACUGAAAUGUUGUGUAUCAUUACUCUAUGUUUGGUUCACCAGUCACCUGCCAAGUAACCAAGGGGGGUACCGUAACACCUUUUCAGCUCUUCGAAUCCCCUUAGCCGAGUUCAAGGAGGCUCAGCAGAAUGUUCAAUGGAGCAAGGCUAACUGGAAUGAAAAAUUACACAAACUGAGGGAGUUGGGAUUAGUUUGGCAAGUGCCAUGGAUGAACCAUUCCAAUAUGAUGUAUCAAUGUGGAAACUUCCUAUGGGUCCCGUUAUUAGGUCCAUGGGGAGGAAUAGCAUACGCUCCUUUGAUGGCAAGAAGGCAAGUGGGAGCGUCUCAGUUUGUGCCUAUGACUCAUGGAUUAGCCGACUCGGACUUCGCAUAUGAAAUAGGAGACACUCAAAAUCAGAUUAGAAAUUUCAUGGUGGCUUGGAAACAUGUGCACCUAAUAGGUCUGGGUGAUGAAAUUGCCACAGUCUAA